AUGACGCACCCUUUCGUCGCUUCCUCCAACGUGCUACAUCGAACAUUCAGUCACAAGCCAGAAAAGGUUGUGGGCUCCUCUGGCAUCAAGCUUAUUUUCGAGUCUGGAAGGCAUGUUUAUGAUGCAUCGGCCGGCCCUGCAGUAUCAGUGCUGGGCCACACCCGCUCUGAUGUGACCGAGGCGCUGGUCCACCAGAUGAACGAGUGCGCCUAUAUUUACUCUGGCGCGCGCUUCACCUCAACCGCCGUCGAGGACCUCGCCUCGUUCAUCCUGCGGGACAGGCCUGGCGGCCUCUCCAAGGCCAUCUUUGUCAAUUCAGGUAGCGAGGCCACCGAUGCGGCCAUCAAGCUAGCCACACAGUACUGGCACGAAGUCGGACAGCCCCGGCGGCGCUUCGUGAUCGCGCGCAAGCAGAGUUACCACGGUAAUACCAUCGGCGCGCUCUGCGUAUCCGGCCACGACUCGAGGCGCUCUCUCUACCACGAUUGGCUGUCUUCCAACGUCAAAUUUAUCGAUCCUUGCUUCUCCUACCGCUUCAAGAAGUCACAUGAGACAGACGAGGAUUAUGCAAAGCGCCUAGUUCUGCAGUUUGAGUCUCUAGUAUUAGAGCUUGGGCCAGAAAAUGUGUCCUCUUUCAUCGCAGAGACCGUCAGCGGCACCACCUUGGGAUGUGCCACUGCAGUCCAGGGGUACUUUAAGGGAAUUCGGGAAGUCUGUGAUAGAUACGGUGUUCUCCUGAUAUUGGACGAAAUCAUGUGCGGAAUGGGCAAGACGGGUACCAUGCACGCAUGGGAGCAGGAGGACAUGCGUGGACCCGAUAUUCAAACCAUUGGCAAAGCCUUAGGUGGUGGGUUUAUACCUCUGUCGGGCGUGCUUCUCCAUCACAAAAUAUUCGAUGCAUUGAGCAACGGCUCCAAAGGCCUCGCUCAUGGGCACACAUUUCAGGCUCAUCCCGUAGCUUGUGCGGCUGCUUUGGCGGUGCAGAAGGCAAUAGAGAACGAGAAGCUGCUGGAGAAUGUGGUUGCCAUGGGGGCUGUGCUCGAAGGGCUUCUAAAGGAGCAUAUAACGCCCCUCAAUGUUGUCGGAGAUGUUCGUGGCCGAGGCCUUUUCUGGUCCGUUGAGUUUAUGCUCGACGGUCACGAGAGGGUACCUCUGCCGAUUGAAUCCAACUUCGGUGCAAGGGUAGUGGACCGCGCCUUGAACCUGGGGUUGAAUAUACUUGGAAAUCUGGGACAGACCGGAAGCGUCUAUGUGGACCAUGUCAUAUUAUCGCCAGCAUACGUAGUGACCGAGGAGGAGCUGCGGCAGAUUGUCAGCCUUCUCCGGACGGCUAUCAUGGAGACAACGGAAGAGGCUUUCAAGUGGCUCAAUCGUGGGGUUAUCGAUGCACUAGUAUAG